AUGUCUGUAGAAGAAAUAGAAGUAAGUCCGGCAGCGAAAUCAGACAGUGGUAUACUUCUUUUAAGGGAAGGUGGUAGUCUUGGCAUUGGUGAUGUUAAUCGAUUCAAGAUCCUAAUUGACAAGGAGAAAUUAACUACCAGUGGUGUGGAAGUUAUAGAUGAUACUGUGUAUUUAAGAAUCAAGAAUUUAGAAAGUGGGUUUCUGAGGCCGGUGUGGAUGACAGGACCCUACUCCAUAUACGUCGAUGUAGUGCCGCACAAUUUUGAUGAGAGAAAAAGCUUUGAAGGAGAGAAAAUUCAGUUCCUUGCAGAUUUAAAGCCAGAUGAAACAUUCAAGGCCGUCUUAAAUCUUAAUAAUAACUCUAAAAUUGGUUCAACAUCUCAAUAUUGCUGGACAAUUGACUUAGUUGCGCAGUUUACUGUUGUUACUAAUGCGAAUCUUCCCUAUUCUUUGGUAAUAGCUACCACCUAUGAUACAUGCAAACGAGAACUGAAACAUCAUCAAAAUGAUUCAAUUACCGAUUUCAAUGGAUUUUCCUAUACUAAAAUUGAUGCAGAAGCUCUAUGGAAUCUACCACCGCGGUUUCCACAAAAACCGGUGCAUCUAGUGAUCAUCACUCAUGGUAUCUUCUCAUCAGUCGGAGGUGAUAUGCUAUGUCUAAAGGAUACUAUUGAACGUGCCGCAAAAGAAGCACCUGAAAACGAUGAGAACAAUAUAAUUGUCCGAGGGUUUACUGGAAAUGUCGGUGGCUCUUACAAAGGUGUGAGGAAACUGGGAUUCAAACUCGGUAAGUUCGUUAUCGAGACUAUCGAUAAGUUGAAAAAGGAAUAUGAAUUAACUAGGAUUUCUUUUAUUGGUCAUUCCCUAGGUGGUUUAGUUCAAUCUAUGGCUAUUCACUACAUUUCUGUAGAAAGACCAGAUAUAUUCGAUGAAAUAAACGGAUUGAUACCAACUAAUUUCAUUGCAGCCGCUAGUCCCUUUCUUGGUGUUAUUGGAGAUCUGCCCAAAUAUGUUUCAAUUGCUCUUGACAUUGGCGCCUUGGGACAAACUGGUAGGGAUCUCACUUUACAGCGUACCUAUUUUUUGCCUUCCAGAGGUAUAGUUAAUAGCCAUGAAUCCCAUGAUAGAAUAAAAGGUAAACCUUUAUUGGAACUAUUACCAAAAGAACCUGCCCUCAAAAUUUUCCAAAGGUUCAAAAGAAGAACGUUAUACGCAAAUGCCGCAUUUGAUGGGAUUGUCCCUCUAAGAACGGCAGCAAUGCUCUAUUUAGAUUGGAAAGGAUUAAGUGAAGUGCAAAAUAUCCGGAAUAAACAUGAUUCUAACAUACAUCAUAAUAUUUCGAAUGAUAGUUAUAAUCAAUCUACGGGUGAAAUUCCUGAGGUUGCGGCUGAUAAGUCAUCGAUAAUUCAAUGGUUGCUACCACAGUCUGUAAUAAAGAAAGAAAAAUACAAGCCAUACUUGCGAACGCAAACUUUCAAUCUUAGUGAUUCAGAAGGUAAGGAGUCCAGUAACGAGUCAUUUGUUGAUUUUAAACCACCAAAAAAACCCAAUACAAUUCGUGCAGCGGCAAGUACUAUCAUAGCACCACUGCCUACAGAACUUUAUAUAACUAAUCCAGACUCGCGAAAAGACAGAAUUGUACAUGACAAAGUGUAUUCGCCACGGGAAUUGCCAGAUAUACAUUAUAAACACGGGAAGUUUGUUAAAAAGAUUGUAUAUCCGAAUUAUUCUAUUCACAUGAAGGAAGAAAGAAUAGCGAGAUUAUGGCAAGACACAAUGGAAUGGAGAAAAGUUUUGGUUGAAUUGCAACCCGAUUCUCAUAAUAAUAUCAUUGUUCGAAGAAGAUUUGUGAAUUCCUUCGGAUGGGUUGCUAUUAAUCAUCUAGCGGAUGAACAUUUCGGGCAGGUGUAG